GACGUGGGGGUCGACAGUUGGUACAAGGAGUUCAUGGAAUGGGCCGUGGACCCGAACCAGGCCGCGACUGCAAGUGCCACGUUCACACCGUCGCGCACCGCAGCAAAUGCCAGAUUCGCCGACCGACCCGCCUUCUACAGCGCGUUGCACGCCUGGUAUCGUGGCACCACCGGCUCUCGCUACCGCGGCUCCCUGAUCUGGGCCUCGGAGGCAUGCAACGUCGAUGGCAGUGUCGACGUUGUCCCGACUGGGUGCGACCUGUCCGGAGGUCUCAGAGCCUCCCGCUUCAAUGCAGAGUUGUCUCUGGCUGCCACGGACAAAGGCACGAACCGCUAUACCACCAUGGAGUCCAUGCGGAAGAAGGUCGAUGAGCUGAUAUCGGGUGCCUUUCCGUACAGCUUCGACUUCUUGUAUUGGGAGGAGGUUGGUGUGAUCGACGCGGAGCUCGUUCGGAACUUGAUGGUCUGCGGCGGUGUCAUUCUCGUUGUCAUCUUCGCACUGGUGCCAUCUCCUCGUAUCGCGAUCUGGGUGGUCUUAUGCGUGGCACUCUCCAUCGUGGACACCCUGGGCUUCAUGUAUUUCUGGGACGUGACGAUUAGCGGCGUCUCCACGAUCUACGUGCUGAUCUGCGUCGGCUUGGCCGUGGAUUAUGCCGCGCACAUCGCCCACAUGUUCAAGGAGUCCACUGGAAGCCCACGAGAGCGUGCCAUCGCCGCAGCGGAGCGCAUUGGGCCCUGCACCUUCAACGCGGUCUUGUCCACCCUCUUGGCAGUGGUGGUGGUCGGCUUCUCUGAGAGCUACGUCUUCCGGAUCUUCUUCAAGGUCCUCUUCCUCGUGGUAACCAUUGCCGGGGCACACGGCCUUUGGUUGCUGCCUGCGAUCCUCUCGAUUUGCGGCGGCUCAAAGGAUCCGGUUGGCUUCAGCGCAG